AACCUGGGAAAAGCUUUUGGAAAGGCUAUUAAUUUGUCAUUCUUUGGAGAUAUUUCUAUUACAGUACUACUGUUGCGGGAAUUUCUUUCUGGGAUGGGUGUGAUAGAUAAGUCUGCCACUUCCCUUUAUCAAUGGAGGAGUGCUAUGGAGAUUUUUCGACGUGCCUCCGAAGUGUACAAAAAAAAGAAUCAUAAGCCACCUGUGAUCAUUUAUGACAAUGUGAACCGACUAGUUAAAGAUAAUGCAAAAAUUCUUGAUAUACUUCAAGAUGACGCAAAAGAUAAUGCUGAUGAUAGUGCAUACAUUGCUGUGUUUGUUAGUGAAGGGAAUGUCCCGAAAAGAUUGCAGUCACGUAGUUCUUGGUCACGUGCAGAACCAAUCGAAAUUGGUGAUAUCUCCAGAGAAGAAUCAUUGAACUACCUGAUCAAUAAGCGUGGAAUCAAGACUGUAAAGGAAGGCAAGAUCGAUACCACAGACGCAGAGAAAUUAUUUGAUUUGGUUGGUGGACGCAUUAUAGAUCUAAAGUCUGUAGCAGAUUUGUAUCAGGAAGGACAAUCCAUUGAAGUUAUUAAACACGAAAUUUUAGUGAAAGUCAAUAACAAAUUCAGAACUGCAAAACUUCUUAAAAACGAUGAACAUCAUGAAGUAGGAAAACGCAUCAUCGGUGCUUUGCGGGAUUCCGGAGAGCUUAGCCGUACUGAAUUUGAGGAAUUUUUUAAAACGCGCCAGGAGGCCGAUGAAGUCUUGGGAACAAAU